ACAAUCUCAACUCGUGUGUGUGUGUGUGUGUGAGAGAGAGAGAGAAAGAGAUAACACGGAGAGGGUUUCUGCACUCGAACGUGUUCAAUUUGCCCGGCAAAAUACGUCAUGUUCGCUUUGCCCCUCAACAUGCCUGCCUGUCGUAGCGGCAGCGCUGUAGCCUACAGAGAACGGGGAUGAUAGAUGAACCGCAGUUUAUAUGUUGAUAUCUGUUGGAUGCUGCUGCAGCAGCGACGGCCUUCCGUGUUUAGUCCAUGCGGAAGAGUGCUUUCUAAACGGCUAAUAGAGGAUUUCGACCUGGAUAAAAUAGAUUAGGAAGCGGACUCACCCAGAAACAGCUCCAUCCACCCAUACCAUCGAAUGUGUUGAUCACAGGGCGGCCCAGUUGUCCUAAAUCGAAGCCGGGGGCUAGAUUUGGAACGUCGCAGGAACAUGGAGGAACUAUGAGGGGAGGAGGAGAAGGAGAGAGGGAGAACAGACUCUCUGCUGGAGGCCAGGUUCUGAUAUCAUCCAGUUGGGACCACAGCAGAACACAGUGACUCGUCAGAUGUUGAAGCGAUGGCCGUGUGGACUGAGCUAUAGCGCUGCAAGAUUCAUACACAUAGAUGCCCCCCUCCUAACCCCCCGAGCCCCCUACAGCCUCCCCACCCUCCCUCUGUCUCUCCUCCAUCUCUCCUUCCUCUGUCAUCCCUCUGAUCCCAGCCUCUUUCUGAUCUAAUUGUCUCUCACUGUCUUCUUCUCUCCUUUUCUCUGCAUCUCUCUUUUUCUCUCCAUCACCCCCCCCUCUCUCUCCCUCCCUCCAUCAUGGCGUGUUGUGGUCGCUCUCUUGACUCCCCCUGUACCCUGGCCCUAUUGGUGGGCUUCCAGUUUGCCUUUGUGGUCUACUUCUCCCUGGGGGGCUUCAGGGGGCUGGUGUCCGUACUGGUCCACUCUGAGCAGCCUGAGUUUGACUACUCCCGCCCCCACGACGUGUACACCAACCUCAGCCACCUGGGGGUGCCACCAGCCCCCCACAUAGGCACGGGACCACCAGGGACAGGGGCUCAGCUGAAGGACUGCAAGAUGCCCUCACCACUACUGGUCGGUCCUGUGUCUGUGCGUCUGUCCUCGCCUCUCUCUCUGGAGGAGAUCAGGGAGAGGAACCCGUUGGUGUUACCGGGAGGCCGGUACAGCCCCCCAGACUGCCAGCCGCGCCACCACACGGCCAUCGUGGUGCCGUACCGUAACCGCCAGACUCACCUCCGAGCCCUACUCUACCACCUCCACCCCUUCCUACAGAGACAACAAAUUCACUACAGUAUCUACAUAGUCCAGCAGUGGGGUAACUCUACAUUUAACCGGGCUAAGCUGUUGAAUGUUGGGGUCCGUGAGGCACUGAGAGACGAGGACUGGGGGUGUAUCUUCCUACACGAUGUAGAUCUGCUGCCUGAAAAUGACCAUAACACCUACACCUGUCACAAUCAGUUCCCCACACACCUCUCUGUUGCCAUGGACAAGUUCAGAUACAGGUUGCCGUACCCCCAGUAUUUCGGAGGGGUAUCUGCGGUCACACCUGAGCAGUACAUGAAGAUGAACGGAUUCCCCAACAGCUAUUGGGGCUGGGGUGGGGAGGACGAUGACAUCGCUGCCAGAGUGCGUCUGUCUGGGAUGAAGAUAGUGCGCCCUCCAGUGGCCAUCGGACAUUACAAGAUGAUCAAGCAUAAAGGAGACAGGGGCAAUGAGCAGAAUCCACGCAGGUUUGACCUUCUGAAACGGACCAGGCUCAACUGGCAUUCUGACGGUCUGAACUCUCUGACCUACGAACUGUUAUCCAAAGAGCUGCAGCCUCUCUACACCAACCUGACGGUCGACAUCGGGGACGACCCUCGUCUGCCCCAGAGAAAGGCCACGCCUCCUAUGCCCAAACGUGAGGUGAAGGUGGAUGAAUUACCUCCCCUUGUGCCAUGGAGCAAACAUGGAUCAAAGAGGAGGGGAGACACACCCCUUGCAGCCAAACAUGACAUAAAGGGGGAGGGGCAAGCCGUUAAAGUGGGUGUGGUUACAGCUGUGACUACGGCUAAAGCUGACAAGGUAGACCACGCCCAGUCAAAGACAGUGCAUCAGACUAUAGAUGAGAGGGCGAGUGUGGUAAAGUAGGAAGAAGGGCUGGAGAUAUGGGGUGCAUCUCAUUGGUCUAAAGCUGCCCCCUCUCCUCUUCUCUCCUGCAUCUGAAAACACAGGAUGGGUGUUAGCAAUGUGGAGGAUGUUACUGUCCUGUCCAGUUCUACCACAUCAAUGCAGAUGAAGGAAAGGACAUGAUGAGAGGAAGCCAGAGAUGCACUGAGAUGUACACUAAAAUGACACACCUUCUGUUCCUGUAUUAUCAUAGGGUCCCCUAUGAGGGGACCAGUAAAGCUAGCUAUGUCCGUGAAACUGUAGAUAUUGUGAAGCAUAGGGUUUAGGCUACAGCCAACUCAAAACCCUUCUGAAUGUGACUCACCUCCAGCGACAGUCAAGGUAUUCAAACAAACUCUCCACCCUUCCUCUCUCAGAAGACUACACCACCGUUAUUACCAGUUGGUUUCAUUGGUUCUUAAACCUCUCUUCGGGGAUCCCCAGACGUUUCACCGUUUUGUUGUAGCCCUGAGUUAGCUCACCUGAUUCCAGUAGUCAAUGGCUUGAUGAGCUACUGAAUCAGGUGUGCUAGCUCUGGAAUAGUUCAGAUAUAUGGGGGUCCCUGAGGAGAGGUUUGAGAACCACUUGAACCAGACAACUGAUAUGUGAAGGGUGUUGUAGUCUUCUGAGAGAGGAUGGGUGGAGUGGUUUGAGAACCACUUGAACCAGACAACUGAUAUGUGAAGGGUGUUGUAGUCUUCUGAGAGCGGAAGGGUGGAGUGGUUUUAGAAACACUGGUCUGAUGGACAGGUAACGAUAUGUGGUGAACAUUCAUUCUGAAGAGAGAGAUUGUGACAUCAGCAUUUAAUCAAACCCAAUUGAAACUCCGGAGUUCCUUUUUUCAGCCAAUGGGAUGCCAGAUCUUGCGAGCAACCAAUCCGUUGCCAACCCACUGCUGCUCUCAGCCAAUCAUCUCCUAGUUGACUUCUGGCUUCAGCCUAUCCGCUCCCAGAAACUGCUGCUGUUGGUCCGCCCUAUUGUGUGGGUCAGUGUUUCUGUGCCUUCUCUCUUCUAUUGAUAUUUUAUGGAGUGGGACAAAGUUGUCCCUAGAUGCUGAUCUGGGGUCAGUUUUCUGUUGUCCCUGUUAUGGUUAAGUGUAUAUAUAUAUUGGGUCAGGGUAAACUGAUGCUAAGUCUGUAUCUACAGGCAACUUCUUCUCCGAGCACCAUUUUAUAUCCGUUUGCCCGAUCAGUGCUUUCACACUCCAGACGUAUCAGAUGACUGUAGGAUUUAUAUUUAUAUAGAGAUGUUUGUUUACUUUGAGUCAGGUGCCUCUUGAUUGUGUAUUUGGGUUUAGAGACAAUCUAAUCUAAGGGUAAAAACGUUAACUGUGUUACUAAUCGCUUCACAUAGAGAAAGACAUCUCUACGUAAAGGGAAGUUAAGUAUUCUAUGCCUCAAAUACCAUAGACUUGGUUCUAUAGUUUGUUAUCUAGUUUGAAUAUACUGUCUUUAAGUGAGUGAACUUAUGUCCAUCCAGUACAGAAUCCCUCAUAGCCAUCCAUGUUGAUUUCAUAUCAGCCAUCUGGAAUGUACUGUACAUACUUUAUCAUACUAGUUUACUGUAAUCCAAAAACGAUAAGAUAUGUUUCAGUGAGGGGAGGUUCUGGAGCCAGUUUGUAGGAGGAGUUAUAAGGUAACUACCUAUACUGUAUGUCCUGCUGCGCUGUGAUUGGCUAAAGGAGUGUGUCGGGGGGGCUCUGUAGAUUCUCCUGUAUAGGACAUAGGGUUUCAUUAGAGAGAUGCUCAUUUCAAGCUUUUAUGCUGUUCAUGAGUUGAUAGAAUAGUUUUUUUAUAUUCCGAUCCACAUUAGCUGUUGAAGAAUCAGCAACUAUUCUUCUUGGUGUCCACACAAAACAUAGAACAUGACCAAAUACAGGUUACUAAUGGACAAGAACAGCAACAAUAUCAACAAUAUGAGUAUUUUAAAAAGAAGAAGAAAGAGAAAAUAAAUGAAUAAUGCUAAUCUUAAAAAUUCAAGAAUAAUGUGUGUUUUGAAAGUAGUUUUUUCAUGAUUUAUUUCACUAAACUACUGUGUUACUGAUGCUAAUUUGAAUGUAUUUGAUUUAUUAAACUACUGUUAGGAUUUGGGUUUUACCCGUUAAGCUUACUUACAGCAGUGAGUAUUUACUCACUCCAUAGCAUCAACAAUGCCUCAUAUCAGAAUGUAGACCAGCCUUUUAGCGUGAAAGAAAGGGCGGUUCAUAUUAUCCAUGUAGUUGUCAUGGUUACUAGCACUGUGCUGAACUUAUAUGACGGACUUAAAGUUCCAAAACUUGCAGAUACUGUAGAAAUUAGAUUUAGAAUGGAAACAAUUGAAUCUUUAUCAGGUAGAACAGCUGAUUUGAUAUAUUCUAUAUUUCUAUUUCUGUUUUCUACAUUCUAAACAUUAUGCCUCAAUAAGCCCCGUGUUUUAAAGAAUGGAAAUGCUGUAGGCAACCCUGUUCCUGGAUUACCACAGGUACUGCAGGGUUUUGUUCCAACUAGUCACCACACAUGACCAACUGAGCCAUGCAGCACUCCAGGACCAGGGUUUCCUUCCCCUGCUGUAGGCUAUGUACUGUAUGUGUCUGAUUCAGUGUACAGCAUAUCAUAUGCCCUCUUGCAGUCUGAAGCUGUCUGGGAGAGAGCUUUACUUUUUUACGGCCGUGGUUGGGAGUCCCAUAGGGCGGCGCACAAUUGGCCCAGCGUCGUCCGUGUUUGGGUUUGGCCGGGGUAGGCCAUCAUUGUAAAUAAGAAUUUGUUCUUAACUGACUUGCCUAGUUAAAUAAAGGUUAAAUUAAAAUAAUUAUAUAUAUUAGAAAAACAUUACGUGGGUGCUUUCUAAUAGAGGGAGGGAGGGUAUGGGAAUCAAGGCCUCUGACUGUACAAUAGGAAUAUUAAUCAAUACUGUCGAUCAUUAUCUGCACCUUGUACCCAAUUAAAUCUUUACAAUGAGGAUGAUGAAAUGCCACCCCCAUCUUUGAGGUCACCUUUUCAACUCGUGUGUGAGAUAUUUUAGAGAAUUAGAGAAAGAGAAUAGUAUUUUGACUUUAGAUUCACUACACAGGUGGCAUACCAGUGAAACUACUGUAUACCCACUGUAACCAUACACUACUUGAUGGUGGUGGUGAUAAUGGCGACGGUGAUGAUGCCAUCCACUAUUAAUCAAUUGUAAGUGAUCAUCCAUAGGAUAUAUCUGCAGUCAUAUUAACACAGCUCUUCAUAGGGACAUAACCGACUAGUAUGUAUCAUAGGAGACAGUGUGUACCUGGAAAUCAUUCUAUAUUUAAUAAAAUAGCUAGUUUUCUAUCAGAUGUUUGGUGUAAAUGGGGAAAUAGUAUAGACUACUAUAGGCAAUCUAAUGUAACUUUAAUGUAGUCACAUGCAUUUGACUUUUAUUUCUAAAACAUGCUUUUGACUUUUUCAGUCAUGAUCAGUUCGGAGUGUUGAUUUCCAUACUGAUAGCUGUGUGGUAACAUACUGUAUUGAAAAGUGUUAGAAUAUUAUUGUAGUUUUAAGGGGAUAUGAAUUAUAUCAUUUGGACUGGGAGUUGAAGGGAAGGUUAUGACAUGUGCUUUAGUCACUGUAUUGAGUUUCUAACCUGAUUUCCACCUUCAGAUGAAAAUGGACUCAUAUUUAGAGGAAGUGGACACUGGACAGCUCUAGUCCUCUGGGGUUGCCGUGUCUGCUGGGCUGGGUUGUGUUUGGGAGUGAGAGGGGGAGAUAAGGAGAGACCAGUGGAGAGGCCAGCAGAGAGAUUGGGGGUUAUUCUUUGGGCCAUGUGGUGGAGUGUUGGUUUCAUGACUACACAGAGAAAACAUACCAAUAAAACACAUUCAAAAGCA